AUGUCUGGAUAUACGCAAAGUGAAAAUUUAAACCGUGGCUCCGAGACAAUGGUUGAUCGUUAUUGCAACUCUUUAAAUAUUCUUAAAGAAAAGGUUAUGAGUCUAUUAGAACAAUAUCAUUCAAUCAUUAUGCAGAAAAUGGAAUGUGAUUUAGGAAACUUACUCUCCUACGAUGCUGAUGGAUUUCAAAGUCAUUUGGCAGAUGUCUUUUCUCAGAUGAAUGAUGUUGAAGUCCAUCUAAACAACUUGGAAGCUUGGGCUGGACUUCCUCCUGAAUGCUUCACUUCAGCUAGUUUGAACUAUGGCAUCCCAGAUCCGGAUCAAGUAUCUCAUGAAGCCCAAACCCUAGUUGAGGCUAUCCGACAUUUACAAGCUGAAUUGCGUGCUAUGACUACAAAAAGUCAAACAAACAGCGCACUCGCCACAGGGAAUGUGCCAUCAGUUCCUCCAGCUGAGAAAAGUGAUAAUAACCAGGAUCGCACUACAUCUUCAAUUCUGAAUACAGUUGCAAAACAAAGUCCUCUUCCAUUAACGGGUAUAAAAUCUGAGAUUACUCCUUAUUCUGUCCAGUCUAAUCCAUGUAUAUCACCAUCUGCUGGUGAUCCGAAUCAAGGAUAUGUAGAUACAUUGCCACAAAUACCAUCUUUUCCAUCAAAUGAAGAAGGACGUAGUUGCCAUCACACCGGCAGUAGACCAUACAAUUCCAAUACUAAUACAGCUACCCGUUCACCUAGUAUCGAUCGACGUCAACAAUCUACUAUUUCGACUGACGUUUACCGCGUGACAUCUGGACACCAUUCUUCAUUUCCCUCACCUAUCCCACCACAACAAUAUGUUUCUGGUCAAUGCAAUCAGUUCCCUCCUAGCUCUGUUGAAACCGUAUCUUCAAAUCGUAUGGCUUCUGAAACCACUUCUUCAAAAUAUCCAUCAAACAACCAAAAGCAUUGGAACAAACUUGGUGUGAAUCCUGAUCAAAAACCAGGAUGUUCUACUACUUAUUGCGAGGCUGAAACAGGAGUGAGGAGUUUAAUACGUGUGCCUAAUCAUCGGAUUGCAGGUAAGACCAGUGGGAGUUCUUCAGAGGCGUAUGUACAACCAAAACCACUCAAUAUACAAUAUAAUCCACGUAUGUAUGAUGGUGGCCUGCUUCCAAGAUUAAAUUUUACUGACAAACAAGUUGUUCUACCUGAGCAUAAACCACGAGACUUUUGGUCCCCACAUCGAGCACAUUUUGGUCAAAAUGACUACAUUGAUAUUCUAGGUGAUGGAAAAAUAAAACCACGUGAUUUUUAUACUGGACCUCCAUGGGUAUUAGGUGCACGAAAUGAAUAUCAACGUGUAUGCUCGCGACUUAACAAUCCAGCUAUCGUUGCAUGGAUGGAAGAGUUCGAACCAUCUAAAUUGACAGCUGAGUAUAAAUUGCAAAGAUACUUGUUCAAGAAAGUGAACAAGCGUAAAAAUAUCAAAUUUGAACGUUAUCGUGAUUCGCCCUAA